CCGGGAAAUCAGUUGCAUAGCAAUCUCUCUUCAAGUGUUUAUUCUGGUUCCCCAGCGACCUCUACUUGCAGUCGAAUAGCAGAACCCACCCCCGCAUCUGGCUCCGGUACUGGAACCUGUGAAGAUAAGACCUCUGCUGCCUCUGCCACAGCCCGGAGUCUACGCUUCGUCUUUCGAAUGGAGACAACGAGUCGUCGGCAGGCUGAUGAAAUGAUGAAUGAGAUUCGCCAGGCUCUGGCUGCAAAUGGUGUUGAGUUCAAGCAAAAAGAGGCUUACAAAUUGGUCUGUGUUUAUGGUGAUCCCUCGGUCUCAGCCAGCCCGACACUCGCCACCGUGACUGCAACUAAUUCUGAAUCGGCCUCGUCACCGCCAGAUAUUGUCAAUGCCAGUAGUGUUGGAGCGAAUGGGGAGGAUGAGCUUGUGCAGUGGGAGAUGGAGGUGUGCAAAUUACCCCGUCUUGGUAUGAAUGGAGUCCGAUUCAAACGACUGAUGGGCCCACUUCCUGCAUUCAAAAAGAUUGCCAACAAGUUGGCUGAGGAUCUUAAACUCUAG